AUGGCAGGCUGGUGGCUUCUCGGUGGUGCUUUAGCAGCUGUAAUGCUGAUUUCCGGGGCGACUGCAGCAUUUAACCCGGCGUUGGACGCCUUUUCCCGCGCCGUGGCUCUAGACCGGACCCUUGCGGACAUCCCCCACCGUCUUCUCUGCCACGAGCUGUGUCUAAAAGACGCCUCCUGCGCCUCCUUCCAGUACAACCCGACGUCUCGGGAGUGCCGGAUCAGCAUCGCGGCGGAAGGGCUGGAGGAUCGUCCCGGUGACGGGGUGGACGACUCGCUUCACGACCUCUCUCUGGACGGCCUUCUUCCGGCUGCCUCAGAUGCCGAUUCCAGACCAGACUGCUCCUCCGAGCCUGACGCCUGUAUCAGCGGACAUGUUUGUCAGGAAACCUGCGAGCAUGACGGAGCCAUGACCUGCAAAUGUAGAUCCACAACGUGGGACAGGGGCGGGUGCAGGUCCGUGGAUGUGGGCAGCUGGCAGGAGUGGCAGCCGUGGGGAGACUGCUCCGCGACCUGCGGGGGCGGCGUCAAGACGCGCACGCGCACUUGCAGCGACCAAUAUGGCGGCAACACCUGCGUCGGCCGGAGUACGGAGACCCGUGCAUGCGCAGAGACGCCUUGUCCGGUGUGGAGCGAGUGGAGCGGCUGGACGAAGUGCCGGCGGUGCGGCAAGUCCCGUACGCGUAGUCGCACCUGCCCCAGCCCGGGGAAGUGCCACGGCGAUCCCGAGGAGAAAUCCGCCUGCAUGGGCAGCACGGAAUGCAACACUCAUGUCCGACUGCAGAGAGGGCUGUACGUGACAGACGGGUGGGUGGAGGUUUGGGACCAGCUGAACGGCUACUGGAGGCCGCUGUGUGGGGAGUGGAACCAGCAGAACGGCAGGGUGGCCUGCAGACAUGUGGGCUUCAAGGACGCGGAAGAAGCCACACCCCUGGACAUCAUGAGUCUGGGCUGUUUUAACGACACCCCCUCUGAGAAAAGCCCGGAGGAGGAGGCCUGGAACACGACUCUGAACGGACCUUCCAUGACGUCAUCUUCUCCCGCCGACUGCCUCGCCUUCUGUCGUUUGCGCGGCUUCAAAUACGCCGCCAUUAGGUCCGGAGACAUGUGCCAGUGCGGCCGCGGGUACGCGCGGAACGGGGAGGAGCUGCCGUCCAUGUGUAACCAGCCCUGCGCCGCGGACCCCACCAGGACAUGCGGCAGUAGGGCCAACGAUCAUCUCAACGACGUCUUCACAUACGCUCCACUAGGAAAUGGCAUGUACUUCCCUAUGGACGAGAAGCGCGCCCAUAACGGUGAGAUCGUGGGGAACCCUUCGGUGGAGAGUCACGGCGGGGCCGGGCUGGUGGACGGGAUAGUCGGACGGGCCCUGUACCUGAACGGCAACAACCAAUGGGCCAAGUCAGAGAAACUGGACGGGUCCUGCCUCGGCAGCACCGUCCAGUGUAUACACGAUAGUUUCAGCCUGGGGCUGUGGAUCAAGCUGAUGGACGUGCCUGACAGCGACCGGUACUACCUGUCCACGGGCGGCCACACGCAGUCCUCGUACGGCUUCAGUCUCUGGUAUAACGUAGACGAGGGGAAAGGGCCCGGCUUUAACGUCAGGCACGCGCUGGCCUCCUGCAAGACGCACUUCGCCCUGCCGAUCGGCGUGUGGAUGCACCUGGUGCUGUCCUGGAAGGUGCCGUGUGACGUCAACAUCUUCAUCAACAGCACGAGAGUUCCCGACCCCGAGCUGAAGUCGGAGGCACCCACACAGCUAGACGACUAUGACAGAUACACGGCUCUCGCUAUCGGAGCUCCCAACAAUAAGGACACGGUGAAGGGCGUGUCGGGUCACGCUGUACUGGACGAACUCCGCUUCUGGGACAGGAAACUGUCGGGGAAGGAAAUCUACCAGGUCAUGAUGCACGACCUGAGGAUGUCAGGUGAUCACUACCACCCUCCGCCGGGGUCAGAGGUCAUGAAGGGCGAGUACAAGUGCAGCGGAGAGGAGCCGCUACUGGGCAUGUGCGAACACGAGGAGGACUCCUCAUUGGCUGACGAGCUGUGUGACGCAAGCAACCUGGCCUUCGUACGCUGUAUUCCGUACGGCCGGUGGGACGGCUGGUCCACCUGGACGGACUGCGCGGACGGACAGACCCGCCGGACCCGGAAGUGCUCCACCCCCUCCCCGCACUAUGAGGGCGACUGUAGGGACAGUCCCGGGAAGGGCCAGCAGAGCAGGGCCUGUCAACUCAGCCCUUGA